GAAAAACGUUCUAGCUGUGGAUCGUUUUAUUUAACAAAACUGGUAUGGAACUAGAUGAAUUUGUCCAAUAUAAAGUCUGCUUGACGAAACCGUUUCUAGGAAAACGUUUUUUUUUUCGCGGAAUGAAUAAGCCCCUUAGGUAUAAGCUUCUGUAUUAACAUGGUGACUAGUUUCGAUUUCGAGGUAAAUCUCCGCCCAUUAAAAAUGCCAAAGGACCGCGGCAAGGAAAUAUUGCCAAAAGAACACUUCUGUGUUUUUGGAUUACAUUGAAAGUCUCUGGGACAAUAUGCAAUAUACAGUUUUAUAUAAUGUGUUUGUCCAACUACUAUAUUUAACUUCACAUGGAUUGACAGGUGUGUUAGCCGAGCUCCAGCCACCUACGAACGUAAGGAUUAACUCUGUCAACAUGGGGCUCGUGUUGGAGUGGAAUGCCUCAGAGAAUCAAACAGAAAACAUGACCUACAGAGCAGAGUACAGGUCAUUGAUCGGAAGCUUUAAGGCUGUGUGUUUCAAUACGACAGCCCCCAGCUGUGACUUCACCCCUCAUCUGAACCCACUGGGAGUGUACGUGUUCCAGGUGAGAGCUGAACAGGACGGGGACACGUCACCCUGGGUGAAGACAAAGGAGUUUGUCAUGGACGAGCAAACCAUUCUUGGACCUCCCAGUGUGACGCUAGUCUCCACUGGUACAGAAAUUGAAGUUAACAUCCAAGAUCCAGUGUUUAGGAUCAGGAGGUUUAGAGACGUCUACAACCAUGCGAUCUUUCGCAUCACCUACUGGAUAGAAGGCCAGGAGGAAAAGGCCAGACAUGUUAACACCUCCUAUUAUAAAAAGGUCCUGGAACUAGAGCCGCUGAGCAAGUACUGUAUUUCGGUGAUGGUUUUAACACAGAGGUUCUUCAAACACAGCCAGCCCAGCAACGUGACCUGCGAGGGAACCGCUGAGGCCAACUACUUGGUCAAUCCCUGGUUACUGGCCUUCUUGGUGUUUGUCAUGAUUGCCUUGGUCAUAGGUGGCAUGGUACUGGUUGUCUGGCUCUGCUACCGAUUGGUCCGCUUCUUGGGAACCAAGGCCCACUUGCCUGAACAUUUCACAGAGCACAUGUUGGACAAGCGGUGCUCCUCGUUCCUGGCCAUGCACAAGAGUCCCCCGCCCGAUGAGGUGUACCACGAGGUCAUCAUCUGCUCUGCGGGAAGGGAGACAUUAUUCCCUCUGAAAAAAUGAGAAGAAGGACUACAAUGGAAACGGAGAAUACGAUUCCAACUGACACCAUGCCUUACAAAGUGAUCAUUGUUUCGGCCAUGUACAUCAUUUUAAUGAAGGAUAUUCAACAUUUGAGUGUUAAAAUUAACAUUUGAUUCAACACAAUUAUUAUUUUAUGAAGUAUGUGUUUUUUAUUUAUUUUUUUACUUUAGUACCAUUUGUUGUGUGUGCGUGUGUGCGGGACCAAGAUUAGACACAUACAAGUAAAUGUACAUUAAUCAUUUUAAAA